AUGGCGCUGCCACCACUCUGGCUCCCACUGAACGGCCCCUGCGCUCCUGCAGCACCCCAGAUCCUUCCCACCUUUGUGCUCCCGCAAACCUUCUACCCUCAAGGCUGGGCCACCCUGGCUCCACUGCCCGGGCAGGAGCAGCCCUUCCCCGCAGCCUGGGCUCCCCCCGUGGGGGCACAACCAUGGGCCCCUCAGGCCCCACCACCAGGUAUGGCCCCCCUCUCCCCUCUGCCACCUUCAGCCCCCAAGGACCCUGCUCACCGGCACCAUCUCACCCCCCUCUCCCUUCUCACCUUCACCGUCCCACCUCCCCUCUUCCCCCACAGCACUUUUGGCACCGGGGGGGAGGCUUCAGCAAGCCCGGCUGAGCGUCCCUGCCCUCGCCUGCCCACUAAAGCCCAUUUCCAGAGACUUUCCCACCCCCUUGGGCCACCUCUCACGUUUCCCCCCCAGAAGCGCGUCCCCUCCCUAGUUUCCAGCCCUGUCCCCCCCCAGCACAGCAGCUCACCCCGGGGAGUGCCCGGCCACCAGCUCCCCAGGAGCCUGGCCCACAGCAGGGACGGGGACCACAGGGGUGCCCUGGGCUCGGCGGGUGCCCUGGAGGCUGCCCCCAGCCCAGCACGGCUCCCUUUCCCCCCACAGGGCUGCAGAUGGCCCCCUGCGGCUGCUGCUUCCAUCCCCAGGGCUUCCACCUCCAGCGGACCAUCACCAACCCGCUUCCACCGGCCACCCUCACACUCAGCCACGGCACCGCUGCUCCCCCGGGCCCUGCCCUGUGGGGUCUCAGGGGCUGUCAGACCCUCCCGGCCUCGGCAGCCCCCGGCAGCCUCCAGGGACAACCCAUGGCCAUAG